CCUCGCUCGGGGCCGGGAGGAGGAUGCUGUUGGAGGAAAAUCGGCGCUGGGACCUGGCUGCGAGCUCGGCUUAUUUGGAUGUUGAGGAAACAUGGCGACCGGCAAAAGGAAGGAGAGGGAGCAGCGAGCACUUUGGGAUUAACGCAUCGUUUGAGACAUAUGGAUAUACACGAAGGGCCCCGCACCGACUUAAUUCACACAUUGGAGGUCAUCGUCAACGUUCACACCGACGUAUUUUGCCGCAGACGCUGCUUACUGGGCUGCCUUUGCCCUGACAAAGCCGCUCAAGAUGAACAUGGUGAAAAGGAUCAUGGGGCGGCCGAGGCAGGAGGAGUGCAGCCCCCAGGACAACGCGCUGGGCCUCAUGCACCUGCGACGCCUCUUCUCCGAGCUGUGCCACCCUCCUCGCCACAUGACCCAGAAGGAGCAGGAGGAGAAGCUCUACAUGAUGCUUCCUGUGUUUAACAGGGUGUUCGGGGCGGCACCUCCCAGCAGCAUGACGGAGAAGUUCUCCGACUUGCUGCAGUUCACCACCCAGGUGUCCCGGCUCAUGGUGACCGAGAUCAGACGAAGAGCGUCUAAUAAAUCCACAGAGGCAGCCAGUCGAGCCAUAGUCCAGUUCCUGGAGGUGAACCAGAGUGAGGAGGCAAGUCGUGGCUGGAUGCUUCUGACCACCAUCAACCUGUUAGCUUCCUCUGGACAGAAAACUGUGGACUGCAUGACGACCAUGUCUGUGCCCUCUACACUCGUCAAAUGCCUCUACUUGUUCUUUGACCUGCCCCACAUGGCCGAGGCACCUGUAGGCCCCACACCACAGCCGCCACAACCACCACCACCACCCAACCAAGAGAAGACCCCCGGCCAAGGCCACACCCAGCCCGACCUGCCCCUGGCUGACCGCAGGGCACUCCUCCAGAAAGUCUUUGUCCAGAUCCUGGUGAAGCUCUGCACAUUUGUGUCUCCAGCGGAGGAGCUGGCCCAAAAGGAUGACCUCCAGUUACUAUUUAGCGCCAUCACCUCCUGGUGUCCUCCCCACAACCUGCCCUGGAGGAGGAGUGCAGGGGAGGUGCUCACCACCAUCUCCCGACAUGGCCUUAGUGUCAACGUGGUCAAAUACAUACACGAGAAGGAAUGCCUGGCCACAUGUGUUCAAAACAUGCAGCAGUCAGACGAUCUCUCCCCUCUGGAGAUCGUUGAGAUGUUCGCCGGCCUCUCCUGCUUCCUCAAAGACUCCAGCGACGUGUCGCAGACCCUGCUGGACGAUUUCCGAAUGUGCCAGGGUUACGCGUUCCUCUGCGACCUCAUGCUCAGACUGGAACAGGCCAAGGAGGACGAAUCAAAAGAUGCUUUGAAGGACCUGGUCAACCUGGUCACCUGUCUGUCCACGUAUGGAGUGACGGAGCUGAAACCUGCCGGGUUGACAACCGGGGCCCCCUUCUUGCUGCCUGGAUUUGUUCUCCCGCAGCCCUCUGGGAAAGGCCAUACAGUGCGUAAUAUUCAGGCCUUUUCGGUGCUCCAAAAUGCCUUCCUACGAGCCAAAACAAGCCGUCUGGCCUGCAUGCUCCUGGACGCCGUCGGAAACAUCUACGCAGCGGAACCAGCCAACUAUUUCAUCCUGGAGUCGCAGCACACGCUGUCUCAGUUUGCAGAGCGUGUGGCCAAACUCCCCGAGGCUCAGGCCAAGUACUUUGAGCUGCUGGAAUUUGUCGUCUUCAGCCUCAACUAUGUGCCGUGUAAGGAGCUCUUCAGUGUUAGCGUGCUGCUCAAAUCGAGCACUUCGUACGCCUGCAGCAUCACGGCCGUAGGGACGCUGCUGAAGCUGGCCAGGCACGACCCGGUGUUCAGCGACGUGCUGCGGGAGGUCGGCCUGCUGGAGGUGCUGGUCAACCUGCUGCACAAGUACGCCGCAUUGCUCAAAGACCCGACCUCACAACAGCAACCACACAACAAUGACCAAGCAGACUGCAAAAACAACACCGUGGCAGAGGAGCAGAAGCAGUUGGCCUGGCUGGUGAUGGAGACGCUGACUGUGCUCCUGCAGAGCUCCAACACCACCAACACUAAUGCAGCCCUGUUCAGAGAGUUCGGCGGAGCUCGUUGCGUUCACAACAUCGUGAAGUACCGCCAGUGUCGCGAGCACGCCCUGCUCAUCAUUCAGCAGCUCGUCCUGUCGCCAAGCGGUGACGACGACAUGGGAACUUUGCUGGGCCUGAUGCACUCUGCACCGCCCAGCGAACUGCAGCUGAAGACCGACAUACUGAGGGCUUUGUUAGCCGUGCUGCGUGAGAGUCAUCGCACUCGGACGGUGUUCCGCAAGGUGGGUGGCUUCGUCUACGUCACCUCGCUGCUGGUGGCCAUGGAGCGCUCGCUGUGCCAGCCGCCGCGACACGGCUGGGAGCGCGUCAACCAGAACCAGGUUUUUGAGCUUCUGCACACAGUCUUCUGCACGCUCACCGCCGCCAUGCGCUACGAGCCGGCCAACUCGCACUUCUUCCGCACGGAGAUCCAGUACGAGAAGCUGGCUGAUGCUGUCAGGCUGCUGGGCUGUUUCUCAGACACUAAGAAGCUGGGCCUCACGAGCGUGUUCCCCUCCAACGCGCAGCCUUUCCAGAGGCUGCUGGAGGACGAGGCUGUCCCUGGAGGCUGUGCAGGAGACAGUGUGUGUCCUACGCUCAAACACUGCAGCAAGCUCUUCAUCUACCUGUACAAGAUGGCCACAGACUCUUUCGACAGUCGUGCGGAGCAGGUGCCUCCCUGCCUGACUCAUGAGACCUCGCUGCCCUCCCCAUGGGGCACGCCAGCGCUCGCCAGGAAGAGACAUGGCUACUACGGUACGUCGGGCCCUCCUGCCCCAGUAAAAGCCCUGACUGACUUGAAGCUCCACUUGGCAAACUCCUCCCACCCAGUUUCUUCAUCAUCCUCAUCAGACAUGGUGGCCAUCCACCCAGGGGCUGUCCUGGCCAUGGUGGACCUGCUGCCCUCCGUGUCCUCCGACAGCCAGCCAGAGCAUGCCCUCGAUCUGCAGCUGGCAGUGGCCAACAUCCUGCAGCUCCUGGUGAACAGUGAGAGGAACCAGCAGGUGUUGUGUGAAGCCUGCCUCCAUCAGCGGCUGCUGCAGCGCUGUAGUCAGGCCCUCAGCGAUGAAGACCACCCGCUGCACCCGCCGCUGCAGAGGAUGUUUGAGAGGUUGGCCUCACAGGCCCUGCAGCCGAUGGCACUCAGGGAGUUCUUACGGCUUGGAAACCCGCUGAACUGUGGCGCCUGGGACAAGAAGCUGCUGAAGAACUACCGGGUCCACAAACCGAGCUCUCUCAGCUACGACGCCGAGAUGAGAAACAGUAUGACUACUUCCAUGGAGGGCUUCGGCCCUGACAGCGUCUUCACCACGCCGGCAGAGGACAACGGCCAGUAUCGCAUCAGCCGCAGCCUCGUGCGCUCCGCUGAGGGGAGCACCGUACCCCUCACCCGAGUCAAGUGUCUGGUGUCGAUGACAACGCCCCAUGACAUUCGCCUGCACGGCUCAGCUGUCACACCUGCGUUUGUGGAGUUUGACAGCUCGUUGGAGGGCUUUGGGUGCCUGUUUCUGCCCAGCCUGGCGCCUCACAACGCUCCCACCAACAACACCAACGCUUCAGGUGUCAGCGAUGGAGCAGUGCUGAGCGGGAUGGGCACAGGUGAGCGCUUGUUUCCUCCCCCAUCAGGCCUGAGCUACUCCACUUGGUUCUGCGUGGAGCGGUUCAGCAUAGCCCCUCAGGCCCACCCGGUGCGGCUGCUGACCGCCGUCCGUCGGGCCAACUCCUCGGAGCAGCACUACGUGUGCCUGGCUGUGGUGCUGUCAGCCAAAGACCGCUCGCUCACCGUCUCCACCAAGGAGGAGCUGCUGCAAACGUACUCAGCGGAUGAGUCGAGCGAAGAAGCCUCCUUCUAUGAGAUCCUUCCCUGCUGCGCUCGCUUCCGCUGUGGCGAGCUGAUCGCUGAGGGCCAGUGGCACCACCUGGUGCUGGUCAUGAGCAAAGGCAUGUUGAAGAACAGCAUGGCCACGCUGUACAUCGACGGGCAGCUCAUCAGCACUGUCAAGCUUCACUACAUCCACAGUGCUCCAGGCGGCUCCAGCUCCACCAACCCUCCUGUCGUGAGUACCGUUUACGGGUACAUAGGGACGCCGCCUGCCCAGCGCCAGCUCUCCAGCCUGGUGUGGCGUCUGGGACCCACCCACUUCCUGGAGGAGGUCUUACCUGCCACCAGCGUCGCUGCCAUUUAUGAGCUGGGACCCAACUAUGUGGGCAGCUUUCAGGCCGUCUACCUUCCCUGUAAGGACUCAAAGACAGAGGUAGCACCGGCCUCUCCGGUGGCGUUGGUGCCAGAAGAGAAGGUGUCUUUCAGUCUCUAUGCCCUCUCCGUCUCGACUCUCACUGUGGCAAAAAUCAGGAAAGUCUACAACAAACUGGACAGCAAAGCCAUCGCCAAACAGCUCGCCGUGUCCUCUCACGAAAACGCCACUCCGGUGAAGCUGAUUCAUAAUGCCGCCGGUCACCUCAACGGGCCUGCGCGGACCGUAGGAGCUGCUGUCAUUGGAUAUUUAGGUGUUCGUGCCUUUGUGCCCAAACCUGUGGCCACAAACCUGCAGUAUGUGGGAGGGGCAGCAGCCAUCUUGGGUCUGGUUGCCAUGGCGUCGGAUGUGGAGGGGCUGUAUGCGGCUGUCAAAGCUUUAGUGUGUGUUGUAAAAAGCAACCCACUGGCCAGUAAAGAGAUGGAGCGCAUCAAAGGCUACCAGUUGCUAGCUAUGCUGCUAAAGAAGAAGCGCUCGCUGCUGAACAGUCACAUCCUGCACCUCACCUUCUCUCUGGUGGGAACAGUGGACAGCGGCCAUGAGACCUCCAUCAUCCCCAACUCCAUGGCCUUCCAGGACCUACUGUGUGACUUUGAGGUUUGGCUCCACGCUCCGUACGAGCUCCAUCUGUCUCUGUUCGAGCACUUCAUUGAGCUGCUGACAGAAUCCAGUGAGGCGGCUAAAAAUGCUAAACUGCUGAGAGAGUUUCAGCUCAUCCCGCGAUUGCUGCUCACCCUGAGGGACACCACGCUGUCCCAGCCCACUGUCGCCGCCAUCAGCAACGUGCUCAGUCUGCUGCUCCAAGGCUUCCCCAACCCGUACGACCUGCUGCGGUUCGGCCAGUUCAUCUCCUCUACUCUUCCCACGUUUGCUGUGUGUGAGAAGUUUGUUGUCAUGGAAAUCAAUAACGAGGAGAAGAUCGACGGAGGUAAUGAUGAUGAUUUCGGGGGGCUCCUAUCAGCAAACCUCAUUCUGCUGAGAAAUCGACUGCUGGACAGCCUUCUUAGACUGCUUUUUACCACGAAAGAGAAAUGCACCGUCAAUGUCCAGGCGUGUGAGGAGCUGGUGCGAACGCUGGGCUUUGACUGGCUUCUGAUGUUCAUGGAAGAACAUCUCCACUCCAGCACGGUGACGGCAGCUCUGUGGAUUCUGGUGGUGCUGCUGUCCAAUCAGUCCAUCCUCAACCGCUUCAAAGAGGGCCUGUGCGGAGGAGGCUGGCUGGACCACACCGACUCCGUCCUGAGCAACAAGAUCGGCACGGUGCUGGGAUUCAACGUGGGUCGCAGUGCCGGCGGGCGCUCCACAUUGCGGGAGAUCAACCGGGAUGCGUGCCAUUUCCCAGGAUUCCCCGUUUUGCAGACGCUGCUCCCCAAACACACCAAUGUGCCCGAACUCUACUUCCUGCUCAUGGCUCUCUUCCUGCAGCAGCCUGUCACUGAGCUACCAGACAGCCUGCAGUUUGACCUGGACUCAAUCUGGACGUUCAUCUUCGGCGUGCCCGCCUCCAGUGGGACGUUGGUGGGCUCCAUCCACAGUGUUUGUACCGACGCUGCUUUCCUGCUGCUCGCCAUGCUGCGCAGCAUGCUCAACCUGCCUUGGCAGUCAGAGGAGGAAGGUUCCUGGCUCAGGGAGUACCCGGUAACCCUCAUGCAGUUCUUUAGGUACCUUUACCAUAACGUAUCCGACCUUUCACCAAUGUGGCACAGCCCGGAGUUCCUCUGUGCCCUGGCAGCCGCCGUCUUCCCCUUUAACAUCAGGCCUUAUUCUGAGAUGGUCAGUGAUUUGGACGAUGAGGCGAGUUCUCCCACCGAGGAGUUCAAGGCCUUUGCUGGGGACUCUGGUAUGAACCGCAGCCAAUCUGAAUACUGCAACGUGGGCUCCAAGACGUCCCUGACCAACCACCCGGCCAAAAAAUAUGUCUUUGACUUCAUGAGGGUUCUGAUCAUGGACAACCUCUGCAUGACCCCAGCCAGCAAGCAGACACCCAUCAUUGAUAUGCUCCUCGAGGCUUCCCCGGAGCGCUCCACCAGAACUCAGCAGAAGGAGUUUCAGUCCAACAUCCUGGACGGCGUCAUGGAGCAUCUUCUGGCUGCUGAUGUCCUCCUAGGUGAAGAUGCCUCUCUGCCCCUCAGCAGCGGUGGCAGUUACCAGAUUUUGGUCAACAACGUCUUCUACUUCACCCAGCGGGUGGUGGACAAGCUGUGGCAGGGCAUGUUCAACAAGGACUCCAAACUGGUGGUGGACUUCAUUGUGCAGCUCAUUGGACAGUCUAAGAGGCGUUCCCAGGGUCUUUCCCUCGACACCAUCUACCACUGUCUGAACCGGACGGUGCUCUAUCAGCUCUGCCGACCCCACAAGACGGUAGCACAGCAGGUGGCCCUGCUGGAUGCCCUGCGGGUCCUGACCGUCAACCGCAACCUGGUGCUCGGGCCAGGCAACCACGACCAGGACUUUGUGGCCUGCCUAGCUCACUGUUUCAUCUGCCUGCACAGUGGGAGUAGUGUGGACGGCUUUGGUUUGGAGGCAGAGGCCAGGAUGACAACCUGGCACGUCAUGAUGCCAGCAGAGAACGAGUCUGACACCACGCACAGUCAUGACGUCAGUGAAGGGCGGCAGCUGCUGCUGAAGGCUGUGAACCGUGUGUGGACGGAGCUGAUGCACAGCAAGCGCCAAAUGCUGGAGGACAUUUUCAAAGUGUCUCUGCCCUGCAACGACAGAGGCCAUGUGGACAUCACCACAGCCCGUCCCGCCUUGGAAGAGCCGGCACUGAAGAGCUGGCAGAACCACCUGGCUCAUGAGAAAAAGUACAUCAGUCGUGGGGAAGCAGUAGCACCAGCAACCCAGUCCAAACUGUCCAGAGUCAGCAGCGGCUUCGGCCUCUCCAAGCUGACCGGCGUCCGGCGCAACAAGAAGGAGAACAGCCAGAACAAGAACAGCCUCUCUGCACAGGAGACUUUUCAGUGGAUGUUCACGCACAUCGCUGUUGUCCGAGACUUGGUGGCCAUGCAGUACAAGGAAUAUCAAGAGCGGCAGCAGAACGCCCUCAAGUACGUGACCGAGGAGUGGGCAUCCAUUGAAUACGAGCUGUUGCGUGAACGAGGCCUGUGGGGCCCGCCAAUCGGCUCCCACUUGGACAAGUUUGUGCUGGAAAUGACGGAAGGGCCCUGCCGAAUGAGGAAGAAGAUGGUCCGCAAUGACAUGUUUUAUAUCCACUACCCGUACAUCCCUGAGAUAGAGACAAACACCAACUCAGCACAGAAACCUCUGCGUUACCGCCGAGCCAUCAGCUACGACAGUAAAGAAUACUACAUGCGUUUGCUGUCUGGAAACCCCGGCAUGUACCAGCACUCUGUGGAGCACAGCACCGAGGGAGAGACCGCACAUCACGAGCUGGAGCACGGAGAGGACACCAUCGCUAGAGUCAAAGGCCUGGUGAAGGCUCCUCUGAAGAGGUCUCGGUCCACAGCGGAUGGUGCAGAUGAGGACAGUCAGGAGCAGCUUCAGGAGCAGCUGUUAGAGUCAGGAGGCCCCGAAGAGGAGCAGAAGACCGACAACACUUCUCUGCUGAGACUCCUGGAGGAGGGAGAGAAGAUUCAGCACAUGUACCGCUGUGCCAGAGUGCAGGGUCUCGACACCAGCGAGGGCCUGCUGCUGUUUGGGAAGGAGCACUUCUACGUCAUCGAUGGCUACACCAUGACCGUGUCCAGGGAGAUCAGGGACAUCGACACGCUGCCGCCCAAUAUGCAUGAGGCCAUCAUCCCCAGAGGAGCGAGACAGGGACAGAGCCAGCUAAAGAGGACCUGCAGCAUCUUUGCUUACGAAGACAUUAAAGAGGUUCACAAGAGGCGCUACCUGCUGCAGCCCAUGGCAGUGGAGGUCUUCUCAGCCGAUGGGAGAAACUACUUGUUAGCCUUCCAGAAAGGAGUUCGCAACAAGGUUUACCAAAGGUUCUUGGCGGUGGUGCCCUCACUGGCUGACAGCUCUGAGUCGGUUUCAGGCCAGAGGCCCAACACCAGCGUGGAGCAAGGAUCUGGACUUCUCAGCACGCUGGUUGGUGAGAAGUCAGUGACUCAAAGAUGGGAGCGAGGAGAGAUCAGCAACUUCCAAUACUUGAUGCAUCUGAACACUCUGGCCGGACGGUCCUACAACGACCUGAUGCAGUAUCCGGUGUUCCCCUGGAUCCUGGCUGAUUAUGACUCCGAGGAGGUGGACCUGACCAACCCCAAGACAUUUCGUAACCUCGCCAAGCCAAUGGGCGCGCAGACUGACACCCGACUAACACAGUACAAGAAGAGGUACAAGGACUGGGAAGACCCCAAUGGUGAAACCCCAGCGUACCACUACGGCACUCAUUACUCCUCCGCCAUGAUCGUGGCCUCCUACCUGGUCCGGAUGGAGCCCUUCACACAGAUUUUCCUCAGACUUCAGGGAGGCCACUUCGACCUGGCUGACAGGAUGUUCCACAGCGUGCGUGAAGCCUGGCUCUCUGCUUCCAAACACAACAUGGCCGACGUCAAGGAGCUCAUCCCAGAGUUCUUCUAUUUGCCUGAGUUCCUGCUCAACUCCAACAACUUUGACCUGGGUGCCAAGCAGAAUGGCACCAAGCUGGGUGACGUCAUCCUCCCACCUUGGGCUAAGGGCGACCCCCGGGAGUUCAUCAGAGUCCACAGAGAGGCGUUGGAGUGUGACUACGUAUCGGCCCACCUCCACGAAUGGAUCGACCUGAUUUUCGGCUACAAGCAGCAGGGCCCUCCGGCUGUGGAGGCAGUCAACGUCUUCCAUCACCUCUUCUACGAGGGUCAGGUGGACAUCUACAACAUCAACGACCCGCUCAAAGAGACGGCCACCAUCGGCUUCAUCAACAACUUCGGACAAAUCCCCAAACAGCUCUUUAAGAAGCCCCACCCUCCUAAACGAGUACGCAGUAAAGCCAACGGCGACGUAGCCGGCGUUCCUCCGAGCUCCAACAGCGACAAGAUCUUCUUCCAUCACCUGGACAAUCUCAGACCUUCUCUUGCACCAGUUAAAGAGCUGAAGGAGCCUGUGGGACAGAUUGUGUGCACCGAUAAAGGCAUCCUCGCUGUAGAGCAAAACAAAGUUCUGGUUCCCCCUACCUGGAGCAAAACCUUUGCCUGGGGUUACGCCGAUCUCAGCUGUCGCCUGGCUAACUAUGAGUCCGACAAGGCGCUGGUCGUGUACGAGUGUCUGUCAGAGUGGGGUCAGAUCUUCUGUGCCAUAUGUCCAAACCCAAAGCUGGUCAUCACUGGCGGCACCAGCACUGCCAUCUGUGUGUGGGAGACAGGAACCUCAAAGGAGAGGGCGAAGUCACUCACGCUCAAACAGGCAUUACUUGGCCACACAGAUGCAGUAACGUGUCUGACGGCGUCUUCGGCGUACCACAUCGUCGUCAGUGGCUCGCGGGAUCGAACCUGCAUCAUCUGGGAUCUCAACAAGCUCUCCUUCGUCACGCAGCUCAGGGGACACCGAGCGCCCGUCUCUGCUCUGUGUAUCAAUGAGCUGACGGGGGACAUCGUGUCCUGCGCGGGCACCUACAUUCAUGUGUGGAGCAUCAACGGCAGCCCCAUCGCCAGCGCCAACACCUUCACCGGCCGCAGCCAGCAGAUCCUGUGCUGCUGCGUGUCAGAGAUGAACGAGUGGGACACGCAGAACGUCAUCGUCACCGGCCACUCGGAUGGCGUCGUGAGGUUUUGGAGAAUGGAGUUCCUCCAGGUCCCAGAAACUCCUGCUCCCGAGCCCAUAGAGCCAGACGUGCCGGACUGCUGUGCCGACGAGAAGAUUGAGGGCGGUGAAAGUCACAACGGUGAUGAUGACAGCAGCGAGUCAGAUGGAGACGAGCCCAGUCUGAGCCAGGAGCCCAGAGCACCACGCAACCCUUCGACAGGCGGAGGCAGCCAGCCGGGCAGCACCGUCCACAGACCCAGAGGUCCCUCGGCCCGAACAGGAGCAUCUUGGUCGAUGGACAGCGGCUCUGACGACUCUCACCGCUGGUCAGACACCCUCAGCAUCGACGAGAAGGACGGAUUCGUGUUUGUGAACUACUCUGAGGGCCAAACUAAAGGCCCUCACCCAGCUCACUCAAGCCAGGGUUCAGUGCCUCAGCCUCUGCAUCCCUCCGCCAUGGAGGCACGGACGUAUAACCAGCUCAGGGCAGGCUACAGAUGGGAGCGCCAGCUGGUCUUCCGGAGCAAGCUCACCAUGCACACGGCUUUUGAUCGCAAGGACAACGCUCACCCAGCUGAGAUCACCUCCCUCGCCAUCUCCAAGGACCACAGUAAGAUCCUGGUGGGUGACGGCCGUGGCAGAGUGUUUAGCUGGUCGGUCAGUGACCAGCCUGGCCGUUCUGCAGCAGAUCACUGGGUGAAGGACGAGGUCGUGGACAGCUGCUCCGGCUGUACGGUCCGCUUCUCGCUCACUGAGCGACGCCACCACUGUAGGAACUGCGGGCAGCUCUUUUGCCAGAAGUGCAGUCGCUUCCAGUCAGAGAUCAAAAGGCUGAAGAUCUCGUCACCUGUGCGUGUUUGUCAGAACUGUUACUACAACCUCCAACACGAGCGAAGCGCCGAGGACGGCUGCAGAAACUGAGCUCCGCUUCCACCCGCCGCCAGCAGCGAAAGAAACCCCUCCUGAUGACCUGAGGAGCAUUUCAGUCCUCCAUUCGACUCCCUCUGCAUCUCCCAAAAAACUCACCCCCCCCCAGCCCUGAGUAACCACAUGUACUGUAACGCACUGACAGGCUGUCACAGGAGGGAGUGAUUCGACUACGGUGGUGGAGCUCAGGGAAGGAGAAGGGAUGUGAAGGAGGACAACAGACAACAGAGAAACUCUCUCCCCACUUUUACCACUGGCACUCACCUGGGGGGGGGGGCAGAACCCACCUUUAAUGCAGCACGCACGAAUCAAUCACCCGCCAUUUUUGAUUAGAGAUCAAGAACAGGGAAAACUCUUUCAGCUUUCACCGCAAGAUAUUAAAAUGAAAACUUGUUGAUAGUGUAAAUAGUUACCAUGGCCUUUUUAACUGUAAGAGGAGCAAACACAGAACAAAAAAUAAGGUCAAAGAGGUAAAAAAAAAAGAAAUGCCUGUAACAUAGCGUUGUGACUAACCACUUCUGGCUUUAAAAAACAGAAAAAAUGAUUGUGUGUAGUUUGCCUCACAAGUCACGGCGAGGAAUAACACAGAGGGGAGGGAGAUGAAUGUCAAUGAUUAAUGUCUCUGGGUUGACCGUACUAGUGGGUCUAGUUAUGCAAAAUUACUUCUUUAUAAUCUCCCGGUCGUUAUGUUGUUUACAGACCUGUGAUUUAUUGUGCGAGUGUGCUGCCCACCGCGUCACGCCGUUACCACCACACACACACACACACACACACACAGAGAUUUCCUCUCUGAUUGUCUUCUCCUCUUUUUUUUUUAUUGCCAAAUUGUUUCGUUGUAUCAGUUAUGAUGUUUAUUUUUUAUCCUCUCGUCCGUUUGCUCCUUUAUGUGAAUUCCCAUUUGGAGAUAUUUUUUUUUUUAAAGUUGUUGUUGCUGCUUUCUGAAGACUGGAUACAUUAUCAUCUUCAUUUUUCUUAUGUUCAUAUCACUCCUUUUAUUUUUGUGGUUCCCUCUUAAGUAUUAUUUGUUUUUUUAAAGAGAGGAAAAAAUUCGAGGGUUUGUCUGGUGUAAAAAUAGCUUAAAGUAACACACGCGCGUCCUGUUGCUGCACAUUCAUCGUCCAUCGUCGCACAGCUUCAAAGCAGCAGCUUGAAUGCACACAGAAAAGGGACCUCCUCGUCAGCUGCAGUUUGGGGCUUUUGUUUAUUUAUCUUGUUGGUUUCUGGAUAAGAUUUUUGCUGGAUUUUUUUCCUCCCCUGUGGCAUUAUCUCAACACACGUUAUCCUCACGCAGUGGAGCUGCAGCCAAGCACCUUUUUAAAGAGAUGUUUCAGAAUAUAUGCAGAGUUUGGAGGAGCUGGAAAUGCCGUCGGAGUUUUAAUAAAUCUCGGAGCAUUUUGUCUGUAAAGACAAAGACAGGCAGACUGAGUCUGUAGGUCUGUCUGUAGGUUUCUUUUAUUAGCAUUACGUCAGUGCUGUGAUUUCAUAUUACAUGCUUAUCAGUCCUGCAGAGAACAGAUGGAUUUUAUUGUGACACUUUCAUAAAAUGACGCUCGUGCCCUUCAGUUUAACUCGAGGGCACAUUAUGUGACCCAGUUAGAUUCAUUUUAAUGGCCUGGAAUUUAUUAAAUUUGUCUAAAUUCAUUUGGUGCUUUAUUUUAUUUUUAAAUGUAAAAUGAAUUGGAUUAUUAAAUUAAAAUAGCACCAAGUUAUCUGCAGCGAAACUCAAAUCUAUGGGGUGUCAUCAGUGCCAUCAGAUUAGUGACUGUUGGGGGGGUUUGUUUGUUUUUGGUUUAUUUUAACAGUGAAAUUUAAAAAAAAACCUUUAAAAAGAGGAAAAUUUGCCUGAAAAAUGCUUCAGUUCAAGUUUUAGAUAAUCCAUAGAUAAUAUUUUUUUUCAAUUAAUUAGAAUUCUUAAUUCUUAUAAAAUGUGAAAUUUUUAAGUGGAUAGGAAUAUAUGUUUUGGAAUCCCAAAUUAAUUUUUGACUCUGCUUAUGUUACAUUUUUUAAUGAAUCUGAAGUAAUUAAAGCAGCAGGAUUUAAAAAUGAAUUAUUAUUAUUAUUAUUAUUAUUAUUAUUAUUCCUUUUCUGACCUGUUCCAGAUCGUGAACUUGCCCCACAUCUCACUAAAAGUUCAAAAGAACUUAAUUUAAAAACUAAAGUUGUUAGUGAAGCUUCAAGGUCAGCAAAUAAAUCAUUAGGAGAUCAAAAAAAAAAAAAUGAAUGGCAACUUUUAAUAUACUUGAUUUUCAGCUUGUGUGAUGAUGAGAGCUGUGAUUAAAGGUUUGGGAACAGCUGCAUUAGAGUUUUGAUGGAUUUGCUUAAUAGCUUGGAAAAUAAGUAACACUCGAUCCGUCGUUGCAUCGGAAAAACCAAAAAGCAACGGUUUUAGGUGAUCGUUGCUGCACUAAAUGCAUUUCUGUGGUUUUCUGUAGUUUCUGAAGAUGUCAGAAGUACUGAGAGGAGUUUAAACACUAUAGAAAGACGUUUCUCUGCCCUGCUGAGGCGGCAAUAUCAGAGGUUUUAUCUGCUUUCAUGUUUUGUUUUGUUUUGUUUUGUUUUUUAUGUAAAUUGAUCGUUUGCCACCACAAAUCCAUGUUUGACUGUUUUUGUAAAGAUGCACAGCCCUCCCUGUCCUCUCACUUUGUGGGUCUGUGGGCAGACGGUGCAUUCAAGUGCUGCUUUCUUCCUGUCUCUCUUUUGUUGUUCUUUUUUAGUCUUCACAGGCAUUUUUGGAAAAAGAAAGUACUUCAAUGUUCAUCCACACAGCUCUUUAAUGUUGUAAUAUAAUAUGCACUCAUGUUACUGUCCCCCUUUAUAUCAUUCUGCCUUUCUGUACUGUAAUUUUAGCGUGCAAUCAUGCCAUCCAGCUGAAACGGCCGAGUCGGCUUCUAUCAAUCGAGGAUUCCUUUGAAACCUUCACGUGUACAAAAAGAAGAAAACAAAAGUAAAAAAGAAAAAAAAAACUGUUGUUUUUAUUGAAUGCAGUUUUUUUUUUUUUUUUUUAACUGAGGUGCAUUUCACAGCUGAUAAAUGAACUGUAAAAAGUAUUUAUGCAAUUAUAACUGGGUUUAGAUUUUUUUUUUUUAAUAAUUAUUGUGAUUUCAGCAAGUUUUGUUACUUGUUGCAUGUCUAUUAACACAGCUGACUUUCUGUGUCAGUGCAUUGUACAUGUUCGGCAUUAGAUUCUCUCUCUUUUUGCUGGAUUUAUUCUUGUUUGGUUUUUUCCUUUGAGGCAUUGUUUGAUGGGUUGUCCUGAGCAACAGGUUUGUGUACAGAGCCGCAGAUCCUGUCCCCAACUCUGGGUGCACUUUUGUACUCUAUGGAAAAAAAAAAUUAAGGAUUAAUUGAAAGUAGAAAAAGGAAAAAAAAAGGAGAAAUCCUGGAUUAUUUUGGUGGUCUUGUAUUAGACUGCAUUACUACAGUAUCUGGUGUGCAAUCUGUGAUAGCUGAAUGUUCCUUGUAUAUUUGUGUUCAUUACAUCCUACAAGAGGAAAAAAAAAACCACAGUAGAGUAAUCCCCCCGUCCCCCUGUUACAGAAACAAAAUGUUACAAUAAUGCAAUAGAUCUGGUACUUAUUCUUUUUAAUUUCAUUUCAAUAAAUAAUGUUUGCUGUUUACCACCAAA